AUUGAUUUGAUUCCUCUUUGAUGCAUUGAGGUUAUAUGUUUUGUGCUUUUACAACAAUAAUUUUUUAUUCAUUAAAUUCAUAUUCACAAGAAAACGGAAUUAUAUCAACAGUUUAUUAACAAAGAAAUGGAUAUCCAAAAUAUUAAAAAAGAAAUUGAUAUCCACGAUAUAGAUAUAAAAGUAUCUACGUCAAAAUUUGAAAAUACUAAUGAAAAAAUAAUUGGAAUCUAUUCAAUUAAACAAGAAGUAAACAAUGACUUGAAUGCAGUUAAAAUAUUUGAUAACCAUGUGGAUCUAGCUAAUGAAACCAAAAGGAAUAUUUUUAGUACUCACAUAAAAAACAAAUUGGGUUAUUUAAAAGUUGACCCUGGAAAGGGAACUAAAUCAAAAGUUACAGGACUGAUAAGAAAAGGGAAAUAUAUUCAACCAAAUAAUAUGGGAUUAAUGAUAUGUAUAUAUUGUGGGAAUUUAUACACUAAACAAGUAGAAUUGUUAUACCACUUAGCAAUGAAUUAUUAUAUAAAACGAAAUAAAUUUGUCAAGGUUAACAUUUACGAUAAAAGUAUUAUGAAGAAUCUUGGUACAAAAGAUGAAAUUGAAGUAGUUGACCACAAAUUGAAAGUGGAGCUGCAGGAACUUACGAAUCAUUUAGACACAUGUGUACAUAAAAAUUCUAAAUCAUCUGUAAAAGAGACUAAUUCAAAUACGCCAAUGAACACCGGAGCAAAACCAUUCAAAUGCGACAUUUGUAUGAAAUUAUUUACAUAUAAAAAUAGUUUAAACAAACAUCUGAUUAUGCACACAGGCCAAAACCUAUUCGAAUGUGACAUUUGUUUUAAAACUUUUGAACGGAAAAUAGUUUUGAAGAGACAUUUGCUUAGUCAUACAGGGGAAAAGCCACUUAAAUGUGGCAUUUGUAUGAAAUCUUUUCCAUUUACCAGUCACUUGAAGAUACAUUUGCGUAGUCAUACAGGAGAAAAGCCGUUUAAAUGUGACAUUUGUUUGAAAACUUUUUCACAGAUAAGUGGUUUGAAUACACAUUUACGUAGUCAUACCGGUGAAAAGCCAUUCAAAUGUGACUUUUGUUUGAAAACUUUCACACAUAAAAGUACUUUGUAUAUACAUCUACGAAGUCAUACAGGUGAAAAGCCAUUCAAAUGUGACAUUUGUUUGAAAACUUUUUCAAAAAUGAAUAAUUUGACGACACAUUUGCGUAGUCAUACAGGAGAAAAGCCAUUUAAAUGUGAUAUUUGUUUGAAAUCUUUUCCAUAUACAAGUUACUUGAAGACACAUUUGCGUAGUCAUACAGGAGAAAAGCCGUUCAAAUGUGAUAUUUGUUUCAAAACUUUUUCACAGAUAAGUGGUUUGAAUAUUCAUAUACGAAGUCAUACAGGAGAAAAGCCAUUUAAAUGUGACAUUUGUUCAAAAACUUUUCCACAUAAAAGUGGUUUGAAUAUACAUUCACGAAGUCAUACAGGUGAAAAGCCAUUCAAAUGUGACAUUUGUUCGAAAACUUUUUCACAAAUAAAUAAUUUGAAGAGACAUUUGCUUAAUCACACAGGAGAAAAACCAUUCAAAUGUGACCUUUGUUUGAAAGCUUUUACACAGUAGUUUGAAGAAACAUUUGUGUAGUCAUACAGGAGAAAAGCCAUUUAAAUGUGAUAUUUGUAUGAAAUCUUUUCUAUAUAUUAGUCAUUUGAAGACACACUUACGUAGUCAUACAGGAGAAAAGCCAUUCCAAUGCGACAUUUGCUUGAAAACUUUUUCACAGAUAAGUAGUUUGAAAAUACAUUUGCGUAGUCAUACAGGAGAAAAGCCAUUCAAAUGUGACAUUUGUUCCAAAACUUUUUCACAGAAUAGCAGUUUGAAUACACAUUUGCGUAGUCAUACUGGCUAAAAACCAUUUAACCCUUUCUGCCUCGGCUAACAUUUUUAUUUGAAGUGAAUAAUCCAGUGAUUUUAAGUUCAAACAUAAGACUUAAAUUUUCAUUUCAAGACCUGCAUUGUGUAUGACAAACUGCUUCAACCGUUAUAAUAAUUUUGUUAAAAUUUUAUGUAAAAUAAAUUGCGUAUAAUGAAUUUUAAUACAAUAACAUUUUGUUUCAUAGAACUUAUUACAGCUGUCAAUGUAGAUUCAUUAUUAUGACGUACAGCGUACGUUCGUUUGUAUAUGUCACCGUAUGAUUGUGAACAUCGUUAGUUUAUAACCACUCGCGAUAUUAUAAACUGACGAAUAAUUGUGAACUGCAAUCAACCAUUUACAAUUUUAAGUAUUAUUUCUCGAUAGUUUACAAUCUGUCAAUGUCGAAUCGUCAAAUUGCGCAAUAACAUGCAGGGUUCAUAAUAUGUCCGGUUUUAUCAUCCGUCAAAUUAUGAACCGGCCUUGAUUGGUGGCUCUUAGCGGUAGCGCGUUCUGCAUCCAUGGAGUUAAGAAACAAACGUGAGAGGCAAGAAAAGAAAAUUCACAGUUAAUUGCGUCAUAUCAGAUAUAUACGUUUUAUAUUAAUAGCUAUGUAUGUCCCGCGUAGUAGUAAAAUAAAAAAAUCAGCAGUAAAAAAUUUUCAUUUUAAAGUUUAAAGGCCUCUUGUCUGCAGUUAAAUACUAAAAUUUUUCAUUUCCACGUAGUGUAAAAUACGUUUAUUAACAUGGCACUUUACAAUGGGGACUUUUGUAAAUUAAAUCGUAAUGACAUUUAUUAAGUAAGUGCAGUUUUAUAAAAUGUUAUGUUAUGAUAAUAAAAUUUUUAAAACUUA